AUGGCUUGCAGGUUGGGGCUCCCCCACGGCAGUUCCCUGCACAGGUGCAUGCUGGUCCUGACCUUCCUGCUCCUGCUGUGUGAGAUUGUUGUCAGCCGCCUCUGUGACUCCCUAAUCACCAUGGUGGACGUCUUCCACACCCUCUUCAUCCUCAUGCACAUGGCUCUUCCUCUUGCUCAACCCACCCUGGGCAGAGGCCCCCCAAAACCGCCACCUGCCUCCCCUCUCUCCACCUCUACCUCCAUCACCUCCACCCCCACUCAGUCACCUGUCAAAUCUCCCCCAUAUGCCUUAACCAUCUCCUGUGUCUCCCCCAUCCCUUCCAGCUCAGCUUCCUGUCCCUCUCCUCCCCUCUCAACCCCUGUCCUCACCACCACUUCCCAGUUUCCCUCCAAACCUCUCACCCCUACAACCACCCAUUGUUUCUCCCCUGACCACUCUGAGUCCAACCAGCUAACCUCUUAUCCCCAUCCCACCCUGUCUGUUCCAGCCAACCCUUUUCCCCGACGCCUCCCCCCUCAGGCCUCCCUGUGUGGUCUGUCCUACAGCGAAGCGAGGGUCCAGCCCCUGGGGGCUCUGAUCUCAGCUCUCCUGCUGGCUGCCCUGUGUGUCUCUGUCUCUCUGGAUAUCCUCAGCCACACCCUGCAGCCCCACCCUAUACAGCGCCCUCUUUUGGCCACGGUGAUGGGGGUUGUCAGCCUGCUCUACAACCUCCUGGUGCUGGGGCUCAGCUGGGUCAAGGCCGAGGUCCAGACCAAAGACAGCACUGGAGUGGGUGGAGAGAAUGACCUCAGUAACCUCACUACAUCUCUGGAUGGUGCCAUCCAAGAUGGAACACUUGUACUCUGUAACCCUGGAACCUCCAGUGUCCUGAACCCUGACAGUGACUCUCAGCACCCACCCCAGACAUCCCUACUCCGUACCGUGGCCCCUCAGGGUCCCCUUUCAGACCACUGCCAUGGAGCACACACACCCCCUGCAGACUCACACACACUCCCUGCAGACUUCAGAACUGCAGAGACACCAAACAACUUCCCAAAUCAAGAGGCCAGUGGCUGUCAUCCAAAGUACCCCAACUCUGAGGUGUCUAAGUGUGUGGGACACAGAGAUAAUCAGACAGACCCCACCACAGUCUCAGCCCUAAAGUUAGAAAGCCCCACAAGGCUCAGGGUUCAACUUCCCGCCUUUCUCCCAUCUCUCAUCACCCUCACCCAGGCACUGCUGGGCUCCAUCCUGGCCCUCACCAACGGGCUUACCCUGCUACUCCUGGGCCCAGACUGCCUGCAUGGCUCUGGGGCCUGUGGCCCCUUCAUCUACCUGGACCCUGGCUUCUCCAUGGUGGCUGUGGUGGUGCUGCUGGCCACCGCUCUGCCCCAGGUGUGCCGUUACGGUUGGCUGCUGCUCCAGGCCAGCCCAUCCCAGGUGUGUGUGUCUGAUCUGGGCCGGCGGAUCGCCAGUGUGCCAGGGGUGCAGGCAGUGCACGAUCUCCACGUGUGGCAGCUGACAGAGAGCUGCCUAGUGGCGUCUGUACAUGUCCACUGCCACGCUGGGUUCCAGAUACACAGGUGUGGUGAUCUGAUGUCGGGGGUCACCAAGGUGUUACAGAGUGUAGGUGUGAGCUGCUGUACUGUACAACCAGAGUUCCUCCUCUCCACUCCCUCAGCCAACGGCAACAUGGAUAACAACAACACCAACCGCACCAUCAUCCAUAGGGAGAUUCACCCACUGCCCUCACACCUGGCCUGCAGCCUGGCCUGUGGGAAGGGCUGUGUUGGGAGGAUGUGCUGUGCUCCUCUGGAGGAAGGGUCUACAGAGCCACUGGCACCCCCUGCUGGGGAAACUGAGGAGCCUCACGUGCUGAUCAUAGAGAACGCCUUUAUUUGAGGGAAGGACCUUUGCCCUAGGAUGUAUCUCAGUAAUGAAGAGUGGGCUCCUUGCCUUCUUUCCUUCAUAUGAAUGUGAUGUGAGAUGUUGAGGACUGAAGGGGAGUAAACCACUUUGGGAAAUGAAGAUACAGCCUGGGGAAUGAAUAUAAUAUAUUAUUAUUGUCAGAAUAUUCUGAAAGACUUCGUCCCCAUGUCAUUGAGGUCAUUUUAGAGAGCUAGAUAGCCUAAUGUAAGAAUUAGGCGCUCAGGUAAAGAGUAAAAAUCACAGUAGUCAUUAUGCUUGUGUGUGUGUCUUGGGAUGGGAUAAUUAACAUCAUUCCUAUGGGUGCUCAGAAAGUGCCUGUAUGUUUACUGUAUAUAAUGAAUAAUCUAUGCAUGUAGUACAUCAUUAUGCCGGUAUUGUAUUUCAUUGUAUUAACACGGUGCCAUACCAAUGACACAGUAGGUUGUAAGCCAAGUCACUCACCCUAUGAAGAAUUUAUUCAAUAAUGCCAUUUCAAACAUAUUUUCACUUCCAUUAUUGCACAUUGAUGACAUAGUUCUGUCUUGUCAUUCACAUUUUGUGUACAUUGAACAUUCAGGUGGUGUCAAACGAUCACAGGAAUGAAUCAAGUUAAUGGUAUCAGAAUAUUUUGGGAGUAUUUUCACCAUAAACAACAGAAGUCACGGAAACAUACAGCUAGCUAUUAAUGCUCCCAAUGUUUAAGUAGGCCUUUAAGUGCGUUUAAGUACUCCCUCUUAUCAAUGUUCUCGAAGUUUAACACUUUCUCACACACAGAGACACACACACACAAACAGCUUUAAGUGCUGUUAGUUAUCACCGUAACACAACAUCAUUAUAUCUUUUCAAUGUAGUCGUUUUAACUACCAGCUAAUCCAAUAGUAAACAAUGCAAAGUACAUGUUUCAAAUCGCCCUUAGAAGUGCUGAAAGUAAUAUGCUACAGUACUGUAAAUUACAGUAGAUUACACCGUUUUCACAUUAGGUAAUACACUUACGUUACCCAACGAAAUUGACAGAAAAUCUAUCAUUUCCGUAAUACAGUAUCUAUCCAAUGUGUAAUCAAACGUGUGAUCAAUGAAGACAUCCUCUACAAUCAUUCAUGC